AGUGAGGACAGAGGGGGUUUGGCAGUAGCAGUAGUGGUGCUGGUGUCCGUGACAGAAUUGUCCUUAUCACUGUGAACAUUAGUUUGGGUCCAGCAUUGUUUUUGAUACCUGUUGUUUGGUCCCUCUUCUGUCUCCCUCAGGGAUUGGUUUGUUUCCUGGCCUUUAGGAUGUCCUGACUGGUCCCAUAUCCCGGACUCAGGAGUUGAUUCCUCCUGAGCUCCGGACCAUGAAAGCGAAGAGAGAGACUGUGCUGAGCCGGAGUCUGCUGCACGUACCUGGUCUGAAUAAAACCCAACAGUGUCCUGCAAGGAAGACAGCCAGACAAAUUAUUGGUGCACAAGAGAGAGACACCAUGGAGUGGAGCUGAAAGCUGCCCCGGGACUGGGCAGAAAGAGAAAGUGACAGUCAAAGAAGGACAACUACUUGUAAAAGUGUUGCCUAUCCACUUGUUUCUUGAAACACUCUUAUACAGGAUAACCAUCGGACAUGGGGCCAGGGAGUCCAUUGUGAGUGGAGCACAAUACUUGGUCCCUGAGUAUGGGGCCCUUGGUCCCACUGCUUCUAGGGGCCCUGAUUUGGGUCUGUGUCUGGACAGACGACCCCAGCAAAGUGAUAUCUGAUCGAUAUGCAGUCUACUGGAACAAGAGCAACCCAAGGUUUCACCAUGGUGAUUAUACCGUAGACGUGAGCAUUAACGAUUAUCUGGACAUUUACUGCCCCCAUUACGAAGUUCCUCUGCCUUCAGACAGAAUGGAGCGUUACAUACUCUACAUGGUCAAUUUUGAUGGCCAUGCCUCCUGUGACCACCGGCAGAAAGGGUUCAAACGCUGGGAGUGCAACCGACCAGACUCCCCCAAUGGGCCAUUGAAGUUUUCUGAAAAAUUCCAGCUAUUUACUCCUUUCUCUCUGGGGUUUGAGUUUCGUCCUGGACAUGAGUAUUAUUAUAUUUCAUCCACCCCUCCAAAUAUGGUGGAUAAGCCCUGCCUCAGGCUGAAAGUUUACGUUCGUCCAACAAAUGAUUCUCUUUAUGAGUCUCCGGAGCCUAUCUUCACCAGCAAUAAUUCGGGCCUAAGCCUCAGGGUUCCUCACUCCAGCCUUGGUUUCCUUCUGUUUUGGACUAUUAUCAUCUUGUAGCUGUUUGAUAGCUAGAAGACAGGAGGGUGAAAACAGGAGUGAGGAAGGGACUCCCUGACACCAGGAAAUGGAAGGCUUGAUUUCAGCACACAGGAUUCAUCCAGUGAUCUCAUCGCAUAACCUGGGAUACUAUGAACAAUCUGCAUUUACCAAGAUACUUAAGUGAGGGGAUUAAACAUAUGCUUAUUAAAUCUGGACGAGUGUGCUGAGGUUUGGAGCUUCCAAGCUUUUUACAUUUACAGACCAAAUGUAUAGUCUUUUUAUUUUGUAUUCUUAGUAUGUUUUCUGCAUUGGCACCAGUAGAUAUGAUAUAAUUGUAAAGGUUUUUCCAACAUCUAAAAUGGGUUUCCGGAUCAUUCGGGCUGUUUACAUCUGACAGUUUCUCCCAUUCUCUUGUAAUUUUCCAGCCCACGUCCUUUCCAACCAUUUCAGAUUUGUCAUGUGAAAUAUUUUGAUGGUGUGUGACCUGCAAAGAUGGAGGGACCAAGAUCAGUGUUUGUGCCCCUUAGUUCCAUAGUUACAGCAGACAGCCCAGAUACUGAUUGUUUGUCUUUUUUAAUGGAUUUCUAGAGCUUCAGCUGUUCACACAAGAAAAUCACACAUCUUAACACACCUAGAAUCCUCACUGUCUUUACCUUUUGUAGCCAAUCUGUGUUAUAUCUUUGUGUUUUUUUUUAUGGCAGAACAACCUAAACAGCUAGUAUUAAUUGCUUUUCCUUUACUGGUUGAGUGUAUCAAGUUAUUAAUCGAUAAAUAUACCAUGUUAUUAAUCCACAGUUUGACAUAAUGCUUCAAGCCCCUUGCCAGUGAAUAUUUGCUCUUAGGGUGGCCAUUAAAAUGCCGGCAAGUUGAUAUGAGUAUUGUUGAUAUAUGAAGAGUUACCAAAGUAAUAUUUGGGACCAAUGCAUACUGAAAUUUUUUUAUAUAUAUAUAUAUAUAUAUAUAUAUAUAUAUAUAUAUAUCGGUGGAAAAACUCCUACCAACUAUAAGAUUGAAGGAAAUGUACAUUUUGUAGCCCCAUCACAUUAUGAAGACAUCAACCCAUUAUCCAAUGCAAAUUUCCAGUUUUGGAAGAUAUAACUGAAACUAUUUUUAACCCCACCCCAGGGCAAAGUACAUAUACUUUAUGCUGUACAAACCUAGACCAACAUUUUUAGGGAACUGGUCCUUUGUAACACACAGUUUGUUAUUAUAGCAAUAUUAUUCUAUAAUAUAAAAUGGGUAUUAGAGACUUUCAUUUCACAGUACUGGCCCAUUGUGCCAGGUGUGUUCCGUACUUGAUUAAUUCAUUUUCCGUUAGAUGUGAGUCUGAAUCGUUGUACAGUAGUGGUGAGUGUGGAGAAUACUGUGUGUGAGCCAAUUUGCCCAUAGAUCCUAACUUUGAAAAAAAGGGCGAAAUGCUGAAUCGUGAAGGUUCAUACAGAAGAUGUUAUAGGCUUUAACUCCAGUUUCUUAAGGCAUGAUCCAAAAGAAGAGAAAUCUCAAAUGGUGCUGAUAAAAUAAUGACCAUGAAAAAACUUAAAAGGUAAUCAGAAAGUAGGAACUGGAUACAUUUUCUCAACCUGCAACAGUUGUGUAGUCGGUAAGUUUUAACUGUAAAUUGUCCACCUCCUGUCCAAGGUGGUCCAGACUUUUGCUCUUUGUGCUGGUUUGUCUUACCUGGUCAAUACGCUCUGUCACAUUUUCAAUAUAUAAAGAAAAAAAAAAACUAGUGUUGUUUCUCAAGUUCCUACAAUCCAGUGGCAAAUAAUGAUUUCAAUGAUGUCAGUUUUAUUCUCCUUUUGUGGUUAUCCUAUCCCAUUGCUGAAUAUCUGUCUGCCUGCAAUAGGGGCGAGUCCCAGAUAUUUCAUCCAUGUGUGUAAAUAAAGCCAGCAGGUAAACUGUGAUUUUCUAUGUAUUGCUGACAAUGAAUUUUAUGGAACUUGUAUGAUUUAUAGACUAGGAAGCAAAAAAUUGCAAUAAAAUACAUUUUAUCCAU